AUGCUUACUCGUAUCCCUGAUAACCAGCUCCAUGGCUCGCUGAUCUUUAAAAACCCAGAGCAGGAAACCCCGUCCAGCUUCGGACUGGGCACAGAGGCGACGUGGGGACGAGGUCGCCUCCAGACAUCAAGCAUCGGAGUGGUCCAAGUGGACAACACUGAUAAGAAGGGCCUCCAGGCACGGGGUCAGCUCCCGGCCAGUGGGGAAACCGGGCCUCAGCAGCAGAACCAGCAGCUUUUCCUGACCCCCGCCAGCCUCCAACUUGCUCAGCUGCAGGCCCAGCUCACACUCCAUCGCCUUAAACUAGCUCAGGGAGGCAAUACAGCCACUGCUGCCUCCGCUCUUAAUCAGGUUCUUUCUAAUGUCGCCAUGUCCCAUCCCUUGUUCAAUCAGCUACGGACUUCAACUUUAGUUGGGAACCCUCAGGGUGUGCUUCCUACAGGGAUGCUUGGUUUCCCAUCAUCAAAUUCAACCUUAGGGGCCUUGGUGGGAGGGGGGUUGAAUCAAAACCCUGCAAAUUUGAGACUAAACCACCCUGGUGGAGGGGUCCAGCAGGAUGUGGAGUAUGGUAAAAAACCAGUGUCAGCUUAUCCCUCUGAUACUGACAGACGUCUUCAGUUCAGUGUAGCUGGAGGUACAUCCACAGCACCAGCUCCUGCCAGUGAUGGACAGUACUCCAUGAUUAACACUCUGGCAAACAACAUGAAUAAUGUUGGCUUUCAGAGGGAUAUGUACGGGCAUGAUAUGCUGGGGCAACAAGCUGGGUUUAGUGUCGGUGAGCACAACACUAAUCUUUAUAACCCCACUGGGCGUAAGGAGCAGUGGAAAGGCCCCACUCACCUGAGUCACAGCGGGAAGGUGGACAUGGUUUCUAACGCUGGCAGUGUGUGGACGCCAGCUGGGCAGUCAAUGCCGUCCAGAACAGAACUGUACAACCCAGAGGAGCCAACCCCGGACCCCAAGUUCAAUCCCACCAGUGGGGUGUCCUCUUUGGGCUCCAGUAGCACCCAAGGGUUCGGAGGCUACCAGCCAAUGCAUGGCAGUGAGGAAACGCUAUCUUCGGGAACGAGGACACUUCAACCUUACCAAGUCAAUGAUUACCACGCAGUUACACCCACUCAGCUUCCACAUCAGUGCAGCAUCUGUGACAAGAAGGUCUAUAACCUCAAGGACUGGGACCAGCACGUGAAGGGAAAACUACACCUGCAGAAUCGAACAUUGUACACAAACGAAAGCUCUGCAGUUGUAUCCGCUGGAGCUGUUCACUACUCUCUUGGCAGGCCUUUGGAUGGCGGUGUAAGCACCAGAGGCACAAACUCCAUGGUAUACUCCGGUACGAGUCAAGAUGUAUCAGGAGCUAAUUCAUCAUUCUUGCCAGCUGCAGCCAUGAAGACCUAUCCCAUGACAGACCCAGGAUUUGCCUCGCAGCAGCCAGAGUCAAAGCCGUUUCCACCCAGAAAGGCCACACCAGGUCGAGUCAUUCACAUCUGCAACCUCCCGGAAGGUAGCUGCACUGAAAAUGAUGUCAUCAACCUGGGACUACCUUUUGGCAAAGUCACCAACUACAUCCUCAUGCGCUCGACCCAUCAGGCAUUUCUAGAGAUGGCGUAUGUUGAAGCAGCUCAGGCCAUGGUUCAAUACUACCAACUUACUCCAGCUACGAUUAACAAUCAGAAACUUCUUAUACGAAUGUCUAAGAGGUACAAGGAGCUGCAGCUCAAGAAACCGGGUAAGGAUGUUCAGUCGAUCAUCCUGGAUAUCAGCACUCAGCGAGACAGAGAUGAGAUGCAAGAACUUGAACAGUACAUGCCAGAGAGGGCUCGCUCUCGCAGCCCUAUCAGCCGAUCCCUCAGCCCUCACUCCCACAGCCCCAGUUUUACUUCAUGCAGCUCAGCUCAUAGCCCCCAGGCGGCACAAUGCCGGGGUCCAGAGAGGGGCAGCAACGGCUUGGGUCCCCGCAGAGGCUCUUGGGAUUGGUCAUCACAGUUAAGAAGGGCUGAGGAUGAAAGGGAGAGAGACGACCCAUGGAGGAAUGGAGGCAACAUGGAUGAUGAUCGGUCUAAUGGACGGGCAGCCGAGCGUUGGAAGGCUUACCAGAAACCUGUCGAUCACAUGAGCUCGAGAUUGACGGAUGAGCGUGGGGGAGCGGAAGGAAUGAGGGGCAACAGGGACAGACACCCCAGAGGAAGCCCUCAAGGCAUGGCUUUCAACUCUUACAGGAACAUGGAGGAUGACUUCUACGUGAAGGAGCAAAUGUACAAAUCAGACAAGCUGCCCAGACCGCUGUAUCAAAAGCACGAUCCAAAGCCAAAGAGAAGGGACGGGAACGACUACCACAGCAGAUCGAGGCACUCUGAGUUUGAGAUGACUGAGGAGCCGCUUCGUAGGACGCAGGAUGACAAGAGGCCGAGUUCACCGGGCAGGGGCAGGAGCAAGAAGUCAAGCAGGAGGAUCACCUCUGCAGAUAGAUAUGAGAAAGAAAAUGUAACUGACAACACUGAUCGCCAGUCAAAAAGAAAAUCUAUCUCGCCUCUGAAGAGCAACGAUGCAAAAGAGGCUGCCGACUGUAGUAAAGAUCCAGAUACUGUGAAGGAGUGUGAAAGUGAAGAUGACGCUGAUGAAGAAUGUUGGUAUCCCAACAACAUGGAGGAGCUGGUCACUGUAGAUGAAGUGGGAGGAGAAGAUGACUCCAUUGUUGAGCCAGACCUUCCUGAGUUGGAGAAGUUUGGGUCCUCCCUCAAGGAGUCUAGAGAGGAUGAAGCAGUGGUGGAGCAUGUAUUAACACCGACCUCCUCCCCCCUGGAGGUCCAGGAGACGUCUACCGAGGAACAGUCCCGUACAGAAGCUGGAGGCCCGACAGAAACAAACUCAGGGAAUAUUUUAACCGCGAGCAGUCCUGAAGACCCAAAACUCAGUCCUGUGACUCCUGAGCCAACAAAAAAUAAUCUUAGUGACUUUCCCAGUGAGGAGUUCAAGGCUGCUUUGGAGGAGACGUGUUUAGAGGAUCACGACACUAAAAGUUUGUCACCAGAAGAGCAGAUGGAGAAUCGUAUUCAUAUAACAAAGGACAGCAGCGUGGCGGAAAUAGGACAGGAAGCUGAAACAGUCAUUAAUGACGUGCAACAGAGAGAUGAGAGUCUUAAAAAAGAGGUUGAAGCCCUUUCACCUUCUCAAGAGCAAGACAAAGCUGUCAGUGAACACAGCAUCCCUUUGGGAGUGGAGUUUAUCGUGCCGAGGACAGGCUUCUUCUGUAAACUUUGUGGAUUUUUCUACACCAGUGAAGAGACUGCAAAGAGCAACCACUGCCGCAGUACUGUACACUACAGAAACCUACAGAAAUACUUGUCGCAGCUCGCAGAAGUAAGCCUGGCAGGCGCACUCCCUGACCCCUCAGCCGCUCAGUGACAUCCGCCUGACGUCUCAAACCUCGUACGGCAGAGAGCAGCGGGGGGGCACGAAUGUGUGCUAUGAAUGCAAGACUGUUGUCAACUUCAGCAAAGAUAAUGUGACACAUGGAGGCUGGGGAAUGUGGAAAGUUGCACUGGGUUUAAUAAUUGGGCUGCUCGGAUGAGUCCAUGUCCGUGCUGUUGAUGCUCUCUAUAUUGUACAUAACAAAAGUGUACUGUUUAGUGAGGCAACUAUAUUUAAGUACAGCUUUUUCUUACAUUUGAUUUUAAUCUAUAGUGUGUAAUAAAGUGUAUUUGUUGUUCUUGGAAUUAAUUGUAUUGUGAUGAAGUCUCAUAACUAACAGGAAACAGCUUUACAGUGUAGACAUGUGUCCAUUUUUGAGUUUAAAUCAAAGACACUCAUCCCAGCAAGUGAUACAUUAUUAAUUUACAAUUGUAAAAUGACUUGAACUAUGUGCCAAGGAAUGUUUUACUCAGUGAAAGAGCUGAGACAGACUCAGGUAAGAUGUAUUUGUUGAAGAGAUUUUAAUGUUUAGCUCAUUAAAAAACAUUUACAUUGUUAUUUAUAUCUGUAUAGGCUCCUGCUGCACAAUAUCUGUCCGGUAAAAUGCAAAUAAUCUGGAUCGAUAACACAAAUGUGCAAAAAUAUUUGUCAGUAAGCUCUGAUUUGAUCUCAGUCCAUAACUUAUAAUGCCUUAAGUAUUGAAAACCUUUAUCUGGACCAUGUAUUUAAGUAAUCAGAGUUAACCAGGUAUCAGUGAUUUAUUCAGAACCAUUGUCCACCCUGACUGUUUUUGUAUACUGUGAAUUGAAUACUGCGGCAUCAGUGAUAUUGUUUUA